AUGAGCGCAAUACAAAGCACGCAAGAAUUACUGCAGCCUAUUGGGUUUGAUACACCUGUUGCUGAGUCGAAAACAGUACUGCUGUCGCCAGGUAAAGAAUGGAGGGCGCGUAUACCCGCAGAAUCCAAGCUUACGAUAAAGAUCGUCUAUGGUAUUGCAGAAUUAUUUGGUACGGAACUGGCUAAUGGAGUUGAAUACACAAUACAAUGCGCAAAUAUUGCGGUGUAUAGUGUUGACCAUGUUAAACUAGAGUGGAAGAGCCUUGAUGAACUGGAAACGACAGUAUCGCCAGACACCAAUAUGCCCUAUCUGUAUAACCUGCAUUUCGCGCUGGAAAAGAUGAGGUUAUCCAGCUUCGAUGGCCCGCGUAUUCUGGUGGUCGGGAAGGCUUCUAGCGGAAAGACAAGUCUCUGCAAGAUUCUUUGUUCCUAUGCAUUGAAGAGUAAAGCGUACACGCCGAUAUAUGUCAACCUGAACCCACAAGAGGGCGCUUUUUCGCCGCCCGGCUUUCUGACUGCGACCCCAAUUUCUGACAUCCUGGAUGUCGAAUCGACCAUGUGGGGUCAGAGUAUGACAACUGGUGCCACCAAACUACACAAUAAACAACCCAUGGUUAAGAACUUUGGGCUGGAGAUGAUUGCCGAAAACAGGCCCCUAUACAUGGAGGUACUCGGACAGUUAGCACAGACUGUAGAUGGCCGACUGAAGAAUGAUCCCCUUGUCCGCCGCUCUGGCGUUAUUGUCGAUUCACCACCAUUACAGCAUCUGGAUGAGUCUUAUACUGAGUUGGAGGUCGCCAUUACAAAGUUCAAUAUAAAAACGCUAGUUGUAUGCGCGCCGGACGACAGCCUGGCUGUGGAACUCAGCGACAGAUUCCAGACACUAGUUCGCUCUAUUGUUCGCAUUCCAACUAGCAGAGGUAUUUGCAACAUCGAUGAUGUUGCACGGAGAGCAUUGCAACGCAGCCAGAUCAGAGAAUACUUCUAUGGGAAUGGCUCAACUGUCCUCAGUCCAUAUACCAUUGGUGUUGACCUAUUAGACGCUGUAGUUUGGCGGCCCAAAAGUUCCCUAACCAUUGAUAUGUCGAAAACAAGUCCAAACAUGGUCGAACUAGAGCGUGUCGAAGUCACGGCCGCGAAUUUACAACAUGCUCUCGUCGCAAUUACUUAUGCCCCGCGCAAAAGUACUGCAGAAGAAGUAUUCAGAAGUGGUGUCCUUGGCGUAGCAUUGAUAACCGAAGUCAACGACGCCAAGCGCAAAAUGAGAAUCUUGCUUCCUGUACCUGGUAGGCUUCCGGAUAAGGCUAUGAUACUCACCGCAUAUAGGUAUUUGGAAUGA